GGAUAUCACCCAAUUCACGACUCCGAAGUAGCUCUCUUCGCCAAUUAGAUGAUCGAAGCAUGGAUGAGAAUUGUGCGUCGUUGAUGGCCGGUCGACACUAACUACCAACAACAAUUCGAUUCUUUUUCUAGAUUCGAUGUACGGCCGGAUACACUACCGCCAAGACGUAGUAGCCGGCGGUUCCAUGCAGCCGGAAGUGUUCCAGGUGCGGGGCGGGGAGGAGGACGCGAAGGACGAGCCGUACGUGUACAUGGAACAGGCCGCGUGCCGGCCGGAGCCGAUCCCGUCCGAGCUGCGGAACCUCUGGCCGGACAGCAUCCUCGUGCACAAUCCGGUGCAGAAUCCCGCGCCGAGGAAAAAGUUUUACUGUCCGCGUUGCAACAGCGGCUACACCAGGCUGUCCGACAUGAAGACCCACUGUCACUUCCAGUGCGGCAAAGAGCCGCGCUACCAGUGCCCUUACUGCACCAAGAAGGCGAAAUUCUCGUCGAACAUGUACGUACACGUGCGCAGGAUGCACAAGGACGAGAAGCUGCAGAUCAUCGACUUGUACAAACAGCUGUCGAGAGGCCGCCACUAACCGAAACCGCGCGGUCGGCCGGUGGUGGUGGUGGGGGAAGCAGCGCGUAUAGCCCAGAGAAGGGGGAGAGAAACGGCGGAGGACGACGGCCAGCGCCGCCGCGGCACACACACACACACACACACACAUAUCUUAAGUUCAUUUAUAGACGCCCGGAAGUACCGUUCGAGCUUGCGAAACUCUGAUUUACUUGGCGCCCUCGGGUCACAGGUUGUUCUUCUUUUUGUAUAAAGUCGUUUAGCGGAUGGAUUUUUGUAACCGGAGGCGAGUUGUUUGUCUUGUUAGGGACCGACAAAUGUGUCGCGUCCACGAGUGGCCCGAAUAAAGGCAGUUUUCAUGCA